AUGAGCUUACAAAAUGAAGAUCAGAAUUCACAGGAUAAUGUUGGGGAAAAGUUGCACAAAGUGCAAAAGAAGCUGAAAAUCUUGUACACUAGAGAGUUCCUUUUGUCCUUGGGUGAUCUGGAUAUUUGCAAGAAGUUACCAAGCAGGUUCGAUGAAUCUAUACUACGUGAAUUCGAGGAUGCUUCGCAGAGCAUACAAGAUCGACCAAGAAAUUCAGGGAGCUUUCCGUUGCAGGGCUUCAGACGCAAUGAGUACGGCUCAUCACCACCUACUCGUAGCGAUUCUAAUAAUUACUCUCAAGGCACAUUUGGGAGGUGGGAAAGCCGUUCUUCUGGAUGGAGUGAUCGAGACAGUGAUUCACAAUCUGAUAAGGAUUCAGAUUCUGGAAGGCUAUACAGCCAUCAGUCUCGGAGAUCUUGGCAGACUCCUGAGCACGAUGGACUUCUUGGAAAUGGUUCAUUUCCAAGAAUCUCAGCUGCAAAGAUGCGAGCGAAUGAGAACUAUCAACUUGGCAAAAAGAAUGACCUAUAUCAACCUCCGCGCCCUUAUAAGGCCAUACCUCACACUCGGAGAGAGACCGAUUCCUAUAAUGAUGAAACAUUUGGUUCAACAGAGAACGCUAGUGAGGAUAGGGCAGAAGAAGAAAAGAGGAGAAGAGAUUCGUUUGAGUUGAUGAGAAAAGAACAACAGAAGUCUCUUCAGGAGAAACAAAAAAUGAGUCUGGAGAAGCAUACGGUUGACAAUGCCUCAGGCGUUUAUGAAUUUUUCGAGGGUAGCAAAGAGGAAAGGGGACUUCUGGGAGGGUAUAACGAAUUGGAUGUUUCGACUGCAUCUCCUGUUUUGAGUGAUGAAUCUGACAAAUCGUCUUUUUCUUCACACGCUUCUAGACCACCUGUUCCACCAGGCUUUACUAACAAUAUUCUGGAGAAGAGUACUGGUACGAAAUCUUUGGUUCCUCCCCAUUUAGCAGAGAUUGGGAAGCCUGUAGCAGGGGAAAGAUUUCUGUAUUUUAGAACCAACCUUGUCCAAAAUGGCAAUCUCGACGGUUUUCAGCAGCAGUUAUCGAAAGAAAUUAGCUUAGUUGAUGGGCAAACUGAAGAUAAGAGUAAGCUUGUAUCACUUCCAAACGAGGGGCGAACUGUAAAUUCUCACUCAAGUUUAGGUGUGCCUAACGAGGAAGUCAGCGUAGAAGAUCAGUGUGAUCCUACUAGUCAUGGAAUUUUUAACAAAUCGGAAAUUAUUGAACUCGAUGCCAAAGUAUUGGAGGACAAAGUUGUUGGCAAGUCCAAGGAAAACUAUUCAUCAGUUCUGGAAAAAAAAUUUGGCAUUGCAACGAUGAAUGAUGGUGGCUCUGUAGAUUCAGCUGAGUAUCACAUUGGAAAAGUUCAUGACACGUGGAGUGCAAAAUUAGCUCAGCCCUCGAAGUUUGCCCUAUGGUUUUUUGAAGAAGAAGCACAGCCAGCGAAUGGCAUCUCAGCUGGAAGGUCGAAUGAUUUACUCCCGUUAAUUGUCACUGGUGAAAAAGGAAGAUCACAAGUUCCUGCUGCAAAAGCUGAGCACUUUACGCGUGAAUGCUCCUAUGAGAGCUCCGAACUUACUAGUAAGCUUACAGCUGACAUGCCCUCUGCAACUAAUGGCAUCUCUGAAGAGGUGUUCAGCAGUAAUAAAAAUGAAGUAACUUCGACUGUCCUUACCUGCGAAGACCUUGAACAGUCAAUUUUGUCAGAAUACAGUCAAAAGAAUUCAAACAUAAUGCCGCAUGCGAGAGGCUGGAGUGCUUCCAGCACAAAUAUAGAACAGCCAAGAGAACAUGAUGAUCAUGCAUCUCAGGACCUGCUUUCAUUGUUGCAAAAGGGAUCAGACCCAAAUACAAUGACAAUGGGUCCCAGUGCUGACAUUGGCUUUACAAACAUAGGACUAGUUUCCGAUGAACAUGAUACUGGAACUGCAGUUGAUGAGCCUAAAACUGAAGAGUGCACUAACAAUAUACAUUAUUCUGGAAAGACGCUGACACUUGAAACGCUCUUUGGAACCGCUUUUAUGAAGGAGCUGCAAUCAGUUGAAGCACCUGUUUCUGUCCAAAGGGGCUCAAAUGGAUCUGCACAAAUUGAUGCCCUGGAGCCUCGUGGAUUAUCCGUUCCGGUCAUGGAUAAUGGUGUUUUUUCCUCAGCAAUUGAUGAAAUUGGACUUCAAAGAACAAGUCAUGAACAUAGUGUUUUGAGCUCACAUCACAGAGAGCAAACCAACCUGGCUACGGCUGGGAAUUGGCUAGGAUUUGAUGAUUCUCAAAUAAAUUCAUCAAAACUCCCAACUGAAGUAGUGGCCAAACAUGGUGGCUAUAAUGGGACAGUUGAAUUUCAGCUGCCUGAAGGGGAGAGCUUAAUUUCUGUUGAUUCUUUGACUCCCCAACUGUCGACAUUGAUGCCAACCGGAAAUUCAAGUAAAAACGAUUUCUUGUUUUCAAAAGAGCACGUUGACGUAGCAGAGAAUCUGGCAGCUAUAAGUGCUGUCAUCAAAGACAAAAGAACUAUAGUAGGUUCAGAAUGUAUGCCCUUUGAAUGUGGUCCUUAUGAACAGACAGAUCCUGAGAUUCCAUAUCGGAAUAUUCAGGUCCAACCAUCACCUCCCCAAUUUCAGCCCCUGCAUAUGAAUCAUGGGAGGCCAUUAUUCCAUCCAUUGGAUCCUCAUCCUGCUCACAUGAGUUUGCAGAAGAAGUUCAUGGGUCCAGAGAGUUUGUUCAAUCAUGAUACUCCAGCCAAUUCUCAGUUUCCUGCAAAUAUUAUUCGCCCUCCUUUUCAUAAUCCCAAUUCAGGGGUUGCAGCGUACGAUCUGCAUGCUCAUCGUUCUAUACUGCAUCCAAUGCAAAUGCCAGACAACCGUACCCAACUGUUAUCUGACUUUCCGAGGGGUGCUCCUGUGCCUUAUCCUGGCAAUCAAACAACCGGUUUUAUUCAGGACAGGAACCCAAUGCAUGGGUUUCCUUUUGGACCUCGCCAACCCAACAUUGGCAGCCUUGGGAUGUCAGUGCCAGCUCCUGAUAAUUCUUUUGGCAAUCCUCCUGAAGCAUUCCAGAGGCUAAUCGAAAUGGAACUCCAGGCAAACUCAAAGCAGAUCCACCCAUUUCAUCCUGCUCAUAACCAAGGAAUUUAUGGUCGCGAACUAGACAUUCGUUUCCGGAGGUGA